AAAGCGAGAGGUAUAGAUUGAUCUGCACCCAACCUGGAGAAAGCUUGCUCGUAACCAAAUCCUUCCCCAUACCGCCAGCCAUCUCUUGUAUAUUGCAUCUCGGGGACUAAUCGAUUCUUACUGGCAAUGGUCCCCGAGAUCCUUGUAGUCUCGUAUAAGGAGCAACGACAUUUUUUCGCAACAAUGGCCAGAGUCAGGAACAUCGGAGGCCUGCUCGCACUCUUUCAUCUCGUCGCUCCCAUAAGCGCGUCGGGAACAUGUUACAAGCUCAAUGGAGACGCCGCCUACAAAGAUUUUAUACCCUGCAAUCAGUUCAGCGGCGCAACGUCGUACUGCUGCGGCGCAAACCGUCAGAACACCAAUGCGACCUAUACGAACGAUGUCUGCAUGACAAACGGCCUCUGUCAAGCAGUAGCCGAGAUCGACGGCGUCGAAGAAUACAGGUACUUUCGCGAGAGUUGUUCGUCAACGAGCUGGCCUUUGGACUCUUGCUUGAGAAAUGUGUGCACGACGCCAGAUCAGAAUGAUGUCAAUGGAAAUGCUAUCAUGACACCCUGCGAUGAUACGAUGUACUCUCAAACCUGGUGCUGUGGAAAGAACAACACCGCUUGCUGUGGCACAGACAGUGCAAUCACGUUACCAGCCAUGAUGGGCGCCACUGCCACUUUGACAAAAUCUUCGAAACCAUCUUCCACCUCUUCCGCCUCCUCCACCAUCUCUACGUCGAGCACGAGCGAUCUCCCAGCAACCACAUCCACGAAUCCUAGCCCGUCAAACUUCGUCAUAACAGCUUCCUCCACCCCAUCAUCUACGCCAUCAUCCUCGCCCUCGAAUACCGGCCUGUCCACAGGCGCUCAAGCAGGUAUCGGCGUCGCCGUAGCCCUCCUAGUCCUCAGCGUCCUAGCCGGAGCCUUCUACUACCUCCGCCGCCGCCGCGCAACUCCCAAACUCCUCCCCACCGACACGAACACGAGUCUGAUGACCAUCCAAUCACCUCAAAGCUAUCACGAUGGCAAGGAUAUGUAUUUGACACCGCAUGAGUUAGAUUCUAGAGCCGUGGGACAUGAGUUGGAUCCUGCAGCUGGAGUUGGCGAGGUGGAGGGGGAUGUUGUGUUCAAGAGAUCGUGAUGCGUGGGAAGGUAAGUAGAUUAUGCAGAUAAUGUAGAUGAUCCAAUAGAUG